AUUGCAGUUCACUGGAGGAUUCACACGGGAUACAAGUCAUAUCUGUGUUCUAAAAGUCAUGGUUUGGAUCUCUCUUCCACAUUGAUCCAGCCUCAGAGGACAACAGGAGAAAAGGAAUUUCAGUGUUCUGGAAGUGACAAAGAUUUUACAAUGGAGAGAAAAUAUAUCACACACCAGAAGGUUCACAAUGGAGGGAAGUCAUAUCCUUGUUCUGAAUGUGGCAAAACUUUUACAAGCGAGAGAGACCUUAUAGUACACCAAAGAGUUCACACUGGAGAGAAGCCAUAUCAGUGUUCUGAAUGUGAUAAAGCUUUUACACAGAAGUCAAUCUUACACACACACCAGAGGAGUCACACUGGAGAGAAGCCAUAUCAGUGUUCUGAAUGUGAUAAAGCUUUUACACAGAAGUCACAUCUUAUCACACACCAGAUUGUUCACACUGGAGAGAAGCCAUAUCAGUGUUCUGAAUGUGAUAAAAGUCAACAGAGGAGAGUCUUGGAGAUCACACACCAGAGGAUUCACACUGGAGAGAAGCCAUAUCAGUGUUCUGAAUGUGAUAAAGCUUUUACACAGAAGUCAAUCUUAUCACACACCAGAGGAUUCACACUGGAGAGAAGUCAUAUCAGUGUUCUGAAUGUGAUAAAGCUUUUUAGUCAGAAGUCAAUCUUAUCACACACCAGAGGAUUCACACUGGAGAGAAGUCAUAUCAGUGUUCUGAAUGUGAUAAAGCUUUUACACAGAAGUCAAUCUUAUCACACACACCAGAGGAUUCACACUGGAGAGAAGCCAUAUCAGUGUUCUGAAUGUGAUAAAGCUUUUACACAGAAGUCAAUCUUAUCACACACCAGAGGAUUCACACUGGAGAGAAGCCAUAUCAGUGUUCUGAAUGUGAUAAAGCUUUUACAGAGAAGUCAUCUUAGGAUUCACACUGUGGAGAGAAGCCAUUUUAAUGCUCUCAAUGUGACAAAACUUUUACAGUUAAUGCCGGUCUAA